UUUAUCUACUGGAAUGUGCACUAAAAUUAUCUACAAUCCAGAGGGUGAUAGAGCCAAUGUUCUGCGUGAAUGAUAUUUAGGCUACACUAAGUAACUUCUGAAAUAUAUUCCACUUUAUGUAACCUAUUCUAACACAAUAUCAAUACCACAGGGCAAAGCUUACACAGUUGUUAUUAGAUCGGCAGGACAGAAUUUUACAAGUUCGUUAUCCUCAAAAGCACCAAGGAACUGUCACAAUUCAAUACUUGAAGGAAUAGAAGGUUUAUUGAUUAAACUAUACAUCCAUACAUUACAUACAUGCAGUUCCUUUUCUUUUAUAGAUCAAACUUCAGUCUAAUCAUCUAACCAAAUUGACUGUGGUAAUUUAUCACAGCCACAAAAUGCAUUACAAUAUAAAAGGUAUUGGAUACCUGCAACUAUACAAUCUACAACAUUAGACCAGCAGGUUAUAUACUUAUGCUGCUUCCAAUGUGGAAAACCCACAAAUUAUCCAGAAGGAAGACACUUGCAUGCAGAAAAUGCUACACACGAGAGACAUUGUCUUGUUUUAGGCAAAUUUAACUCUUACUACAACUAAUUGCAUAUAAUUUUGUUAAUUAUAAUUACUCUUUCUUUUUUUUUUUUCUGUGUAUUCAAACAUUUGAUGCAGAGUUGCGUUUACUUUUGACGCUGUUGACACUACUGACAGCAUCUCCUUCACAACAUUGAACAAUGAAACAAAGAAAAUCUUUGGAAUGAAGGCAGAUCAGCUCUGUGCUAUGAAGAAAAAUCAAGACUUAAUGUCUUUUACCAUUCAACAAAUGAAGAUCAAUUCAAAACUGUUCCAUUUCAAAGUUGGACCGACACCGGCCUUGACUGCUAGCAACACAGUCAAAUGGUCACUAGAAUCAGUUGCCAUUACAGAUAUCAAUAACCACGAAGACAUAAUCUCUAACAAAACACCAUUCCCUAAUUGGUCGACGCAUAAACAAAUGCGAACAUCACAGAAGAGAAAGCAGCAGCAGAUGCUCAAUGAAACUAACACUAUGUUAAACAACAUCUCUUCUCCUGAACAAGAGAACACCAUAGCAGUUGCUGAUGCUACAACAGAAGAAGAAGAACAUAGCCAAGAAACAGGAAAAUUUGAAGCACCAGUUCCACACCAUGAAAUAUGAAAUGCAACUCUUGCAAGCUUGGGUGAGAAUCCCUUUUGCUAGAAUAUAUAUUCAGCUUAGAAAUAGCAAUAUAUAAAUGCUGCAUUUUACUUAUUUUACAGCACUCUAGGUUUAGAGACUAUUAAGGGCAAUGUAUGUCGUUGCUGCAUUUUGCUUAUUUUGUAGACUUAAACUUUAAAUAGCCUACUAGAAAGAAUUGAUGUUAAUAGAUUGUAGGCCUUUUGAAAGGUUGUGAAGAAACACAAGUGCUAA